AUGGGUUCAACUGGCACUUCAGUAGAUAACUUGAGCCGCGAUGGCAUCAUAGAGCUUGAUGUCGUUGUAGUUGGCGCUGGCUUUGGAGGAUGUUAUCAACUCAAACGCUUUCGUGAUGAGGGGUACAAAGUCAAACUUCUAGAGACGGCCUUGGGAUAUGGAGGUGUAUGGUACUGGAACGCAUAUCCCGGUGCUCGCGUUGAUACCACCACUCCUCUUUACGAGUUUGAUGAUCCAAUGCUGUGGAAAGACUGGACUUGGAAGCAGAGAUUCCCUGCCCAUACCGAGAUUCGUGCGUAUUUUGAUUACGUUGCCGAAAGGUGGGAUCUAAGGAGGGAUACGUGUUUCGACCGCUUUGUACAAUCUGCCCACUGGGAUGACGACACGUCGGAGUGGACUAUCAGGACCAGAGAGGGAGAGAUAUACAAGGCAAGAUAUUUGUCUUUGAAUACUGGAUUCGCAGCCAGGCGCUAUAUUCCUGACUGGAAAGGAUAUGAGUCUUUCAAAGGGGUCUUUAUUCACCCAUCGUAUUGGCCACACGAAGGGCUUGACCUCAAGGAUAAAAAGAUUGCAGUUAUCGGGACAGGAUCAACUGGUGUUCAAAUCGCGACGGAGCUCACUCCAAACGCCAGCCAACUCACUAUCUUUCAACGAUCGAUCAAUACCUGCAUGCCGAUGAAGCAAAUCAAUUACCAGAACGGAGAACAGGCGUACCCCCGUGAGGCUUAUCCGGAAGUUUUCAGUGGGCGCUUAAAGAAUUUCCCUGGUUUUGACUUCAGCUUUUUGGGCCGGAAGACCUUCGACGACGACGUCGAAACCCGUCGUGUGACAUACGAGAUGCUCUGGUCCGAUGGAAGCCUAAAAUUCUGGCUGGCCACAUAUAUUGACAUGCUCUUUGACCCCGACGCCAACCGCGAGGCAUAUAAUUUCUGGCGUGACAAAACUCGUGCCAAGAUUAACGACGCCCGAAUUCGUGAUAUACUGGCUCCCAUAGAACAGCCUUACGCUUUCGGGUGUAAGAGGAUAUCUCUGGAGCAAGGCUUUUUUGAGAUAUUCAACGAGCCUCACGUUCGCCUUGUUGAUAUCAAUAAUGAUCCUAUUGAGGAGAUUACAAAGAAUGGUAUCAAGACUUCUGAGAAAGAGCACGAGUUUGAUGUUAUUAUCUGUGCUACUGGCUACGAUGCAGUGACAGGAGGUCUCCGCCAGAUCGACAUCCAAGGCUCAAGUGGAGAAACGCUCAGUGAUCACUGGAAGGAUGGCGCUUACACUUACCUCGGUAUGACCGUGUCUGGCUUUCCCAACAUGUUCAUGACGUACGCCCCACAAGGACCUACGGCUUUUUGCAAUGGGCCAACAUGUGCACAGCUACAGGGAGACUGGAUCGUCAACGCUGUUGGUUAUAUGAGACAGGAAGGGCAUAAGAAAAUGACUGCAGGGAGAGAAGCAGAGGAAGAAUGGCGCGAGACGAUUAUGAAAAUUGCCUACGCCACACUCUUACCAGGUGCCAAGUCUUGGUAUGUGAAUCCCAAAGCGCUCAUCACCUUGACCGACUAUCUCCGUGUUGUAUCAGGAGGCAACUUGAAACUUUCUUUGUUCAUUCCAGAGAGAGUAAUGCUAACCUCUGAUUCGCCACAUAGGUAUAUGGGUGACAAUAUACCCGGCAAGCCGAGAGAGCCUUUAAUCUACCUCGGAGGUGUUCCAAAAUACUAUAAGGCUCUGAGCGAUGUUGCAGCCAAUAACUACACUGGGUUCCAUUUUGAGUGA